AUGAUAUGCAUAAAAUGUGGAAGUUCCAAUAGUAAUUUAUAUACUGUAUAUAAUAAAAACAAUAUUAGAUUAAAUGAAUGCAAUCGAUGUAAUAAGAUAUGUGAUGAAUAUGUAGAGAAGAAUCGUUUUAUAAUAUUUUUGAAUAUAUUAUUCCUUAAGCCUGAGAUAUAUAGACAUAUAGUUUUUAAUCGUAUAAAAUAUCAUGACAAAUUUAUUAAUAAUUUUUUUUUAAAAAUGAUAAUUAUAUUUUUAAUAAUUAAUGCUUAUUUGCAUCCAAAUUUCGAGAGAGAGAAUAUAAAAAAUACUGGUAUUUUAUCAAAUAUAUUUUUUAUGGAAAAUAAUUUUGAAGAAUAUAUACAAGGAACUGAUAAAUAUAAGAAUGACUGUUCGUCUUAUACACUUUUUAUCUAUAAAUAUGAUGAUAAACAUAAAUUGUAUGGUUUAUAUAAUAUAUUUAAUAAUUAUAAUAUGAGUAACUUAGUUAAUAUACAUAAAAAUAAAUAUCUUACAUGCAUUGUUAAUAAUAAAUUUAGUGAUUAUAAUUUGUGUAUAGUUAAUAGACAAUUUAAAGCAGAAGAUGAUUAUGAUAAAGAAUUAAUAAAUAUAUUUAUUAAUAAUAAUGGAAAAUAUAUUAAGAAAUAUAAUACAACUGUUUCUACAAAUAGUAAGUUACAUAAGGAUCACAUAAAUAAGAAUAAUAUAAAUAAUGAUAAUAAUAAUAAUAAUAUAAAUAAUAAUAUAAAUAAUGAUAAUAAUAAUAAUAAUAUAAAUAAUAAUAUAAAUAAUGAUAAUAUCUAUACCUCCUAUAAAGACAAUAGAAAUAACAAAAACAUAUGGUAUGAAACAAAUUUUUUUAAAAAAAUUUCAGGAUCACAAAUAUUAUAUUAUAUAUUACAUUUUAUAAAUAAAUCUAUAUCAAAAAUAAAAUACAUAUUAAAAUAUGAUUCCAUUUUUUAUUUUAAAAAGAAUAAUACCUUACUCAAAAAUAAUAUAAUAAAUUUAAAAAAUCCAGAGGAAUAUAAUGAUUUAUUUCAAAUAAUAAAUAUUCUUGUUUAUUAUAAUAUACAUAACUACAAAAUUGUUCUAGAACCAAAAGAAAAAGAAAAUCUAAAUAUAGAUUUUAUUUUUAAAUUUAUUAAAAAUAUCUUUUUUUAUAAUCAAUUUAUUCAAAAAAAAAAUUAUAUACAAAGUCAAACAAAUACAUAUAUGAACGAUCCAAAAAAAAAAAACGACCUUCAAAAUAAUUGUGUACAUCAAAGUGAAAUCUCCACAUUCAAUAAUUUCACAUCAACAAAUAAUCAUAUUAAAAAUCAGGACAACAAUAAAAAAAUGUGUCAUAAUAAUAAUGAUAAUCUUCAUAAUAUAUAUCCAUUUGAUGACUUAUGUAAUGAAUUUUUAAAAAAUAUUAAUUCAACACUAAAUAAAAAAAUGGCAGAAAUAACAAAAAAACAAAAUAAAAUUCAAGAUACCUUUCAAAUCAAACAAAUUAGUAUGUAUUCAAAACUUCUAUUUUCAGAAUUAGAUAAUGAAAAAUAUAUUUUAAAAAUUUGUAAUUCAACAUUCUCCUUUAAGAAAUUUAAAACAGUUAUUAUUAGUUAUAUUACUUAUUUUUUAUUCUUAUGUAUCUUUACUUAUUUCUUCAAAUUAUAUCAACAACAUAAAUAUAAUAUUAAAAUUACAAUGGUUAAAUAUAAUUAUCUUUUUAUGCUUUUUGUACUUAGUAAUUAUCCACUAGUCAUUUAUUUCAUACUUAAAAUAUUCAAUUAUAAUUAUAUAAACAUUUAUUUAAACAUAUACACAAUUGUAUGUAAUAUUAUAGCAUACCAUAUCUUUAUAUCUACUGACCAAAAUUAUAUUUGUUAUUCUAUAUUUUCUGUCCUUACUAGCUAUUUAUUAAAAUAUCUAGUAAUGCUUAAAAUUAUUAAUUACAUAUAA